AUUAAAAAGCAAGCCCUGCCUCUUUAGAUUAAAUUUGACGCAGAUGGGGAUUUUCUCAUAGGCUUUUACAGAAAUCCCCAUUGAUGGAUUUGGAUUUGCAAUCCUGUGCUCGUUUAGUGAACAGCAUCAGUCCCCCUGAUUCCCAUUUACUAGGAAAAAAGCUCCAUCUUCUUUUCUUUAAGAGGGGCGUUCUCAGUUCCGUUCUCACUGUAGCCAACCGCUUUCUCCAAAUGUAUGUAAGGUGUGGGCAGAUUUCUGAUGCGCGGAAGUUGUUCGAUGAAAUGACCGAGAGAAACCACUUCUCCUGGAACACCCUGCUAGAAGGGUACCUGAAAUGCGGGAUGCUAAGUGAAUCGCUGCGUCUCUUUUCUCAAAUGGAUCAAAAGAACGAUUUUUCAUGGAAUGUGGUCAUCACGGGCCUUGUAAAAGCAGGGGAGCUAGAAGCUGCCCGGCGUCUUUCGUACGAGAUGCCCAGGAAGAACGCUGUCGCGUGGAAUUGUUUGAUUGAUGGGUUUUCAAGAAAUGGAUUAUCCGGUGUUGCUCUAAGGCUGUUUAGGGACUUUUCUUAUUCGAAUGACCGUGAGGUGUCCGGCAUUGAUUCCUUUAUUUUGACUACGGCUCUCAGGACUUGUGCGGACUUGGGAAGUAUUCGUUUGGGGAAGCAGAUUCAUGCUCGCAUUGUAGUUCAUAAACUCGAGGUUGAUUCUACAUUGGCUAGUUCACUAGUUAACAUAGGGAAUUACAGCAGACUCCUCAACUAUGGUCGCUGUUUUGAGUGCGUGCAACAGCGCACAAAGUGUAGAGAAUUGUCAGCUCGUGCAUGUUGUGACCUAGUUGAAGAUGCAAAGUGCAUUUUUGAAUCUAUGCCGCACAAGAGCUUGAUAUCAUGGAAUGCAAUGAUAGUUGGUUUCUGUCAAAACGGUUUGCCAAGAGAAGCCAUUGAUAUAUUCAACAAAAUGAAUAAGAUGGAUGUGAGGAUGGACAGGUUUAGCUACACAAGCACGAUCAGCGCAUGUUCAAGCAUCUCUUCUCUUGAACUAGGUGAACAGGUUUUUGCCAGAGCGAUCAUCACAGGGGUUGAUUCUGACCAGGUUUUUUCUACUGCCGUACUUGAUCUAUACUGCAAGUGUGGCUUAGUAAAACAAGCUAGGAAGAUAUUCGACCAAAUACCAGUGCCCGACGAGGCUUUGUGGAAUUCUAUGUUGAUGGGCUAUGCUACAAAUGGCUAUGGAACUGAAUCGUUGAACUUGUUGUGCGAAAUGAGACAGGCAGGCGUCUUGCCUACGGAUAUCACAUUUACGGGAGUCUUGUCUGCUUGUGAUCACUGUGGGCUUCUCGAGGAAGGAAAAAAAUGGUUUCUUGCAAUGAAAAAUGAUUACCAUAUUGACCCCGGCAUUGAACACUACUCGUGCAUGGUAGAUCUGUACGUUCGAGCUGGGUGUCUGGAAGAGGCCGUGAACAUCACUCAGACAAUGCCAUUCGAGGCUGAUGCGAGCAUGUGGUCAUCGAUUCUGAGGGGAUGUGUCGCUGUUGGUAAUGAAAUCCUUGGGAAAGUAGUCGCGAAGAAGAUUAUAGAGCUCGAUCCUGCGAAUUCGGGUGCUCUGGUUCAACUGUCAAACAUGUAUGCAACUUCUGGGAAAUGGGAAGAAUCGGCUAUGGUUUGGAACUUGAUGCAAGAAAUGGGAGUUCAUAAAAUUCCUGGACAGAGCUGGUGAGACUUGUAAUGAGAUGUUGUGUCUGG